AUGCUUGCGGAAAAUCUCCACCCCCUCCUGCUACAACUCCAGUUUCCGGGAGCACGCACGGGUUCUGCUGGGAAGCAGGAGAACCCUGCUCCAAACUCAAGCGCGCAGCAGAAGCAGUCGCCGAAGCUAUCGCCCAGCCCAAACAAGGCCCUGAAACUGAGUCUGGGAGCUGGCAUGGAUCCUGCUGGCCUGCCGGAGAACCCUGUUCCAAGCAAAAGCGUGCACUUGACGACGUGA